UUAAUGAACAUAAAGGUCCUUAUGAAUCAAUAGCAAUUGAUUAUAUGGGUAAUGCUCAAAUGUCAAUUACUGAAACAGAUAAAUUAUUUUGUCAUUAUACAAACCUUCCAGCAAAAGUAAUUCUUAGAGAAGGUAUGAGAGUAAUGUUUCUUAAUAAUUCAUUAUUCACAAAAUUGGUUCCACAGGUGUGGUCAUUAAAGUUAUUGACAAUGACACAAUUCAAACAACCUUUCCAUUAA